AUCGCAAAAUAAACCAAUAUAAGACUGAACGCACAGAAUCAUUUGCUCCCUCCCCUAAACUGCACGAACAAAGCCAGCACUAUACAGAAAGUUUCAGAUCACGCGUUAAUGCAUUGAUGACCACAGCUGUAAUCCUAUCACUGAUCACUUCUCUCUCUCAGUCUUGUCUCCAACCUCUAUCUUCAUGUGAUUUCUUGUCCCUGCUCCGCCUCUUCUCUUUUUAACUCAUUUCGUUUAGCUUCUGCUCUAUGUUCUCCAUGGCUGCUCCCACUCUUUCUCUCUUCUUCUUCGUUUGCUUUCUUGCUCUCACCUCAAUAGCCCAUGCCCAGGUGGAAGAAACUGGCUUGAAGAUAAUGGCGAACGCGCUAGAAUGGCAAAUGGCGAUGUCCAUGUACAAUGAUUUGGAGGAGAAUGGUGAUGAGUUGGUAGAUUGGGAUGGUGAUGAGGAGAUGGGUGGCCGCAGAACUUUGUUCUGGAGAAGAGUACAUUACUAUAUCUCGUAUGGAGCUCUCGCCGCUAAUAGGAUUCCUUGCCCUCCACGUUCCGGGAGAUCUUACUACACUCAUAAUUGCUUCAAGGCUAGAGCUCCUGUUAAUCCUUACACCAGAGGAUGUUCUAGGAUCACUCGUUGCAGGAGAUGAGAUGAAUCUCCAUUUUUCAUUCUGUUUUAUGUAUCUUUUGUUAAUGGGUAGGUGUUUGUGAGUGGAUUUGUUCAAGGGCUUAAUUAGUUUGUAGGAUUUUGAUGAUUAAUGCGAGCGACGACUGAAUUCAUGAA